AUGAACGGCAACCCUGAGGUCCGCUUCGCCUUCAAGCUCAAGACCAGCAACAACAACUACUACCGCGUCAGCUCUGUGUACGGCUUCGUCGACCCCGGUGCCGCUGCCCAAGUCAAAGUGAUCCGCCAGAACGGACCUCCAAAAGUCGACGACAAGCUCGCGAUCUGCUUCCGGCGGGUCCCCAUGGAUGUGGGGGACGCCAAGGCCAUCUUCCCUCCUGGAUCUUCUGGCGAGUUCAAGGUCGACGUUCCUAUGGCUGCUGGAUGA